AUGUCUGGCCAACUGUUUACUAAGAAGCGGCAUCAAUAUUCUCCUACGAAAUUGGCAACAGCUCUUGCCAUGGUUAAGACGGGCGCAAUGUCUAAAAAUAAGGCUUCUAAAAUGUACAGCAUACCAAGAACAACGUUGACUGACAAGUUGUCCGGACGAACGGCGGAAGGGGUGGUACGUCCGGGCCCAUCGACUGUCAUUACUUCAGCGGAGGAAGACGUCCUUGUACUAUACUCAAUACUCAUGGCAUCAAUUGGUUACCCUUUGACGCGAAAUGAGCUUUUGAAUGAGGUCAAUGUCAUUAUGAUAUUGACGGCCGUCAGAAUAUCUUUUAAGAAUAACGAACCAGUAAAAGACUGGCUCUAUGUAUUCAAGAGGCGACACCCAGAAUUACGCGAAUGCCAGGCAAUGGCUCUUGGUCAUCAGAGAGCAAUAGUAAACAAGGCAAUGAUUGAUGGGUUGUUUGCAGGAUUAUUCGAUUAUUUGGCAAAAAGAAAUACACGAUCACGAGGUUCUUGCCGAAAAUGGUGCUCGUCACGUAUAUAA